AAAAAGAGGAAAGUAUUUUUAUUGGAGGAGAACUAGGAUAUUGUUUUUAGAGAUUUAAUUUCUUAAAAAGACUGUGGCCAACAAACAGUAUGAAAUCAUCUAGACUAGGGUUAUUUUAAGUGUUGUGUGGAUUGUUUUGGUGGAUCAAUGCGGAUGAGGUUUAGAUUGAGGAAUGUGUUAAUUGUAACGCUAGUAGUCUGUUUUACGCCUCUGUUAUGGUUAUCUGUUUUCAGUAACAAUGGAACCAGUCCAUAUGAAGAGGCAAUGCAGAAACGAUUCGCUGAUUUGCGAGAUCGACUUCAGUUUGCCGAAUCGUUGAAUAGACAACGAGAAAAUGAUCUUUUUAUUUUACGUAAACAGUUCAACUAUUUGGUGGACCAAGUCGGUAGCAAUCGCACUUCUAAUAGUUCUGCAGUACAGAGAGUUCCUAAUAUCCAGCAGUAUCUGAACAAUUUUACGGGAUUAUCCAGUCAGGAUGGUUUAUUUCUGCCUGGUAUUUUAGCCUAUUUACCUCAUCUCUCUGGCCAUCCUGAGUUUACUCGACCAAGAUAUAAAUUAUCUGAAGGCAGUCGAAAUCAAGUUUCUGUUGUGUUUGGAAUACCAACGAUAAAACGGAGCAGCAUCAGCUAUCUAUCUAAAACCUUGCAUUCAUUGGUUGAUGGUUUGGACCAAACUGAGAAAGCAGAUUGUUUGAUAGUUGUGUUUAUAGCAGAGCCUUGGGAUGAAAAAUAUGUUGAAGAAGAAGGCAAAAGACUGAAAUCAGAAUUCCCAGAAGAAAUAAAGUCUGGAUUAAUAGAAGUGAUAGCACCACCUGCAGGGUUUUAUCCUAAUUUAAACAACUUAAAAGAAUCAUUUGGUGAUGAUAAACAACGAGUUAAAUGGAGAACGAAACAGAAUUUAGAUUUCUCGUUUUUAAUGCUUUAUGCAAAAAGUCGAGGGGUGUAUUACGUUCAGCUAGAAGACGAUGUUAUCAGUAAAUCUGGUUAUUUAUCAAUCAUCAAAUCAUUUACCUAUCAACAGAAAGAUAACACAUGGCUUUUAUUAGAGUUCUCUACCCUUGGUUUUAUAGGUAAAUUAUUCCGAUCAGCUGAUUUACCAACUGUGGUCGAGUUCUUUUUAAUGUUUUAUUCUGAUAAGCCCAUUGAUUGGUUACUCGAUCAUCUUAUAACAGUUAAAGUUUGUAAUCCAGAGAAAAAUCAGGCCCAUUGUUCACGAAUGAAGCUUGGAAUGAGAAAAAGAUUUAAACCGUCUUUAUUUCAACAUAUUGGUCUGAAAUCAUCUCUAGAUGGUAAAAUACAGAAAUUAAAGGAUCGAGCAUUUGGUAAAAAUGGAUUAUAUCGAGCCCACAUAAACCCUCCAGCUAAAUUAGCAACUUCUUUGAAAACUUACCAGACUUAUACGCUAGCUAAGGCUUAUGUUGGAGAGACAUUCUUUUGGUCAAUUGCACCUACUGAAGGUGACAUCAUAGACAUUAUACUGUCUCCACCUAUAUAUUUAGACAAAAUAUUAUUUCGAACUGGGAGUGAGACACACUUAGAUGAUCGUUUAAGAGAUGCCUCGGUACAGAUUCAAUUCGAAGAUGAGUUUGAUGGCCGGGUUGACUCAAGUCUUCCAAUUAAGGCUGGGGAUCGGGUUCCAGCACAAGGAUUCACCAUUAUUGCCUUAUUUGAUAAAAAUGGUCUUGGGGAGAGAACUCUUCCUUCAUCUACGGGUAAAAUAAAAACUGUUCGAAUUCAUUGUCAUAGCAACAGUGAUAAUUGGCUUGUGGUAAGCGAGAUUAUGAUAAAGCCACGAGAAGUAGUUAAAGUGUAAUAGGUGUAUUUAUUUAGGACCAUGGUGCUUUUUACAAGACAUUUUUAUUGUUUUAUCCAAAUGUCCAGACCGAAGACAUCUGUUAAAAAUAGCCUUUUGUUAUCAGCUUUUGGUAUUAAAUAUUUUCAUGGUUAAUACCAGGAAAUUUACAAUUGAAACUUACAUUAUUUUGAUAUUUUCUAGACUACAAUAAUUAUACUCUGCCUGUAUUUGUUUUAUAGAAGUUUUUAAUUUAUUGAAUUGCCGAUAAUUGUGUAAUAACUGGGGGAAAAGGGUAAUAUAGUUCUACUUGUUAUUGAGCUUGAUAUAAAAACUUUGACUUACACAACAACUAUACAUGUACAAAUAUUUAUUUUAUGUUUACUGUAGUAUACAAAGUGCUACAGUGAGUAUAGUACUCUUUUCUAGAGUGCCAAAUUUACCGAAUUGCCGAUAAUUGUGUAAUAACUGGGGAAAAAGGGUAAUACAGUUCUACUUGUUAUUGAGCUUGAUAUAAAAACUUUACUGAAAAGUUCACUCAAGCUCACAUUAUUAGAGACAUGUGGUUGUCCUGGACUCCUGGCAUAGACUAUAGAAUUGGUAUAGCCAUGAACUGGGAGUAGCAUAAAAUGGAAUUGGUUGGCCAUCGCCACCUGGCCUAUUGUUACUCUCAGGGCUGAGCUACCCCUAUACACCAAAUUUCAGACUCAGGACAGCCCUAGUCUAGCUACCAACCCUUAACAGACAGACAGACAAACGACAGUCACAAAUAUUAGUUAAGAUAAGAUUGUAAAACUUUAACAAAAACAACUAACUGCUUUCUACACAGCCUUUGAUAUAUCCCGUUGUAUUAAAGUUGAGGUUCAUUUGACAAAAUCAUGGGCAAAAUAAGAGCUGUGGCAUACAGACUAGAAGCACAGCACCGAAAAUUCUAGUCACAGAACAUCAAGUAAUCAUUGUUGAACAAUUUUUGAACAUAAAUCAAAUUCAAAUCUGAGAAAGUCACUUUUUGGUAUAAUUAACUAAAUAAUGUAGAAAUUUGGGUGGCCAGACCUGUGGCUCUACUAAAACACCUCACCCCUUCCCAUAUCGAUAAGUCCUGUACGCCUAUGCAUACAGACAAGCCAUGGAAAUAAGACACCUGUCACAGACAAUGUCAGGCACAAAUUCAGGCUUUGUCGAUCACAAAACCUCUAGUGCGAGUCAUUAUGUAUGCCACUGAUUUAUAUUUCUAUUAUUGAUAUUUAUAAUAAAUGUCUGUCAUAGAGUUCAAAAUGUCAGGUAGUAGUUUAUUAGUGUCUGAUAGUUUGUAAGGUACAACUGAAAGCGUUAUAUCCAGGCCUGAAUACCAGUACCAUUGUGUAAUCCUGAAUCACUGGGUUCCAACAUACUGUACUGUUAGGUCAAACAAGGAUUUUUUAAUUAUAUUUAUAGUUUUAAAUUCAUCAAUCCUGUUUCAUAUAAAGGUUAACAUGCUUUUGUUAGAACUUUUAUAUGGUUUCUGUGCUACAUGUAAAUCUUGAUAUUUGAAGGGGAAUAUUUCAUUGAUAUGAAAAUUUCUCCAUUAUUUUGAUAUUUAAAGAUGCAUCAUGUAAGAGCUAAAUCUGACUAUUGCGGAUCUUUCUUUUGGCCUCAAAUGUUAUAUAGAUUAUUAAUUGAUUGACAAGAUGACUCCAUAAUCAACUCUCUAGACUAUCAGAUGGUUGUGAUUUUGAAUGGUUUUAAACACGAUCGGCAUUUAAUAAUUUGAUUUAAAAAUGGAUAAUCGCGAGUUUGUUUAUUAUCGUAACAACAGUAGCAAUUAAAGUUGGGACAAGGCUAUUCUUCAAAUAUUCAUAUCUGUCAACUCUUUAUCUAAAACUUACAUAAUGCAUCUUCAAAAACCAAUAAUGUUUCUGUAUCAGUGACUGGCUUCCAAAAAAAAAAAAUGGUGAUUUAAAGCAGGAUUGAUUAUUGUUUUGGGGUUUUUUUUAAGGGGCUUUCUACAAAUAAACAAUGGCAAUUGUAAUCUUGCUUGCUUGUGCGAGAAUCCAGCCAAAUGUAAUCACAGAUUUUAAUAAUGUAAGCCCGGAUAUUAAUAAUGAAGUUUCAAAAUCAACGAAAUUUGAAUGUUUUGUAGUGUGUGGUAUAUUUUCAAUUGUUGUUUUAUAAGAAAUAGUAUUAUUUGUGUUGUCUGGUUGAUAUUGAUAUCAGUAACCUCAAACUGUCACAACAACUGUUCGUUUAAUCGUUCGUUCGUUUGUGGGGUUUUACGUCCACUUCCACCUUGGGUGAUAUCGCAGACAAACACAACUACCAACAUCUCUCCUCUUAUAUGUUUUUGAAAACUGUUGAGUAAUACUUAUUGAAUAGGGGCUAAAAUAAACAUCUUUUGGGAAAUGGUGUGCACUAUAAAGCAGCCAAUAUAUUUGUUCAAACGGCUGAUUGAACGGCGAGUAUAGUGUACCAGCUAAUGAAAGCCCACAAUACAGAUAAUUAAUAACAUGGGAUUAAUAACUUGGUUUGAUAAAAAUAUUAAAGUAGAUCGAAUAGAAUGUAACUUCUCUAUGACAGAGUUAAGGUUGCCACAACUCUAACCUUUAUGCUCAUUUGUUUGUGUUCAUAUAUAUAUUUAACCAGAUUUAAUAAUUGUUAUUUUAAGCAUUUUAAACCAUCUUAAUUAGCAUAUGAAAAUAAGUAAACUAGGAAAGACAAUGAAAAUUAGAAUUCUUAAGACUCUGUAAAUUAUUUGUUCUUUUAAAGAGUAUAGAUGAACAUUCCCCUCUUUGACUGUAGUCAACAGAACCAAUACUUUGUUUAGGAUAUCUGAAUAGAAUGGGGAACAUGCCUAGGAUAAUAUGUAAAACCCUGCUUCUUGAAGUUCCUCCACCUUUUCUCCUAAGUACAGGUUUUUGGGUUUAUCUUUUUACUUUCCAUGCAUGUGAGUUAAGAAUUCUAAUUUUCAGUUUCUUUUGACAUUAUAUGAUAUUAAGUAAUACACCUACAUUGUACACAAAUUAUAUAUACUGUACACAUACACCAUGUUGUUACUAAUACUGUUUUAUUUUCAUUUAGUUUUUAUUUUUGUUUCAUAUUUGCUUCAAAUUUCCUAUAUAUUCACUCAUGUUGGGUUUUUUUUAAAUUUAAUUUAAAGCAAGUAAUGAAUUAAUAUGUGUGGGACCAGUUGGUUAUAUCUGACGACCAGAUAAGAUUUAUUUCUUUAAGAAGAGUUUAUUGUACAUGUACUAGUGCUCGGUAUUGCUACUGCAGUCACAAUACUAUAUGUAUACUGAUUCAGGAUAUGCGAUACGAUUUGAAUCAAUAUUCAUAACCAGGUCAGUAUUUACCAAGUUAUUUUUAGUCCUGCUGACCGUGAAAAAAAUAAGACUGUUUGAUAUGAUAUUGAUGUGGAUAAAAUAAGGACCAAAACAAUUUAAGAGUGUUUGUGUACCUAUGGAUAAUGUGUGACAUUAAGAGUGACAGGUUAGUUACUGAGUGAAGCAACAAAAAAAACAUAAAAUUCAGCAUCAGCCAACAAAAAAAAAUAAAAAUACCCGUGCUUAUGUUUACUUGAGCACCCCCCAAUUUAUCUGUAGAAAACCACACCAAGUCCAAGUUAUAGGGCAGUGGGAAGUUUAGAGUUUGCGAUCUGGGCAAAAUUAAAAGGUAACAAUAAAAACAGGUAAUAUGCUCUUAGGUGGGGGUUUUUUUUUGGGGGGGGGGGGGGCUUUAUAUAGCAAUGAUUGUAUAUGAGUGUGGCUAUGGGUAUAGAUAUAAUUGUUAACAUAUGGUAUGGAGAAACGUAUGGUUUUCUAGUGUAAUACACAUACAUUAUUUAACAUAAUAAACAUGUGAAAAGUUGGGUUGCCUGGCAAUAAAGGUUGACACAACUAAUUUGCCUGAUCGGUCCAAUGUUCAAUCAGAAAAAAUAUGAUAAAGAUUGAAUUAAUACUUGACGCUAAAGAGCGCCCACAAUGGAAUUAUGGAAGGAUAGGGGCAACAAUGAUAGAAUAAACAUUUCCUUGCUGCAUUAUAAUUUAAAGGUUGUCUCCCACCCCAAACUUCCUCAUUAGUCUAGUCGGUGCAGAAAAGUAGGACGUUAAACCCCAUAUCAUUUGAUGUCAGUUAUCUCCCAAGGAAGUAUGGUAAACAAAUAUUGUUUAAAGUAUUAUGAAAGAGUUGGUGUAUAUUGAAUCAAGUGGUUAUUAUGUUGAAUAAAGUAUUGGUCAUCUGUUGUUUUGUAGUUUAUACAGAAAACGCUAAAAUAUCCAAAAAUAGAAAGUUUAGAAUCUACUGGUAGAAGUUAAGUAUCAAAGGAAUAUUAUGUAGUAAUAGAAUCUACUGCUAGAAGUUAAGUAUCAAAGGAAUAUUAUGUAGUAAAGUAAAAAUGAUAUUUGAUAUUUUAGUUAAGUACCAAAGGAAUGUACACUACAACUUGGGUAUCAUUUAGUUGUGUUGUUUUAGCAGGAGUUUCAGUAUUUAAAUGUUAAGUUUCAAACCACUAAGUCAAAUUGAAUUUUAUGUUGUAAAGUACAAAGGGAUAUUAUAUAGUUAUGUACAAGUGGACAAUUAUGUAGUAAAGUAGAACAGGAGUGGAAUGAAUGUAAAUUAUGUUGUGUUAGGUGGUAUUGUAAAAUGAGAAAGCUGUAUGUAAUGGUUGUUUUGGUUGAAUUUUAAACUAAUGUAGAGAAGGCUAAAUUAAAUUCAUGUUUUUGUGACAGUCAUUGCCUGAUUAUAGACUUGUUUUGUGUAGUAUUGUUAAAAUAUCUACUAAAACACAGAGGUCAUCCUUUGAUGUAGACAUUGGUGCCAAUCUACCAAUCAUUCAUUAUUUACACCAGAUAUAAUAUUGGACUUGUGUGACGAUUUCAUUGAAAUUCACAUGCAUGAUAGUGUCUGUAUUUGAAGUUGUUUGAUAGUCUCAGCAAGCCAUUAUGAUGGUCUCAGCAAGCCAUUGGGUAAUAUAUUCAUUAUUGAUACAGCACUUAGGCUGACACCCUCGUCCAGUAUCAAUAUAUUGAUAUAUCACUCUUGACCACUAAACCACACAUAUAGAUUGCAAAUAAUAUAUACAUUUUUAAGACAAACAUUUGUUAAUGUGAAUUUGGUGGGUUUGUGUCUCAUGAAAUUAUAUACUGUAUUUGCAUACCAUGAAUGUAUUAUUAUUGUUAGUCCGAGAUGCCAAUGAGCCUAGAUAGCAUGUAUAAAUUAUAUAUAGUAUAUUAUAUAUUUUUGUAGGAUGUGUUUGUUGUAAAUCAUAUAUUGAUUGUUAUUGAUUAAAUCGUCUCAUGCGUUAAAUGUGGAUAUAUGACACUAAAUGUUUUGAUACUCUGUAAAAUUUUCAAAGUUAUUCUGUGCAUUAUCUAAAGCUGUGGAGAUUGAUAUUUCCAAUGAAGAACUGUACUGGAUAACUUUACUGCAAGUUAUCCAGUGACGAAACAUGUACAGGAUACUUUAACAAGUUAUCCAGUGACAAAACAUGUACAGGAUAACUUAACAUUUUGCAAGUUAUUUGGUGACGAAACAUUUGCUGGAUAACUUAACAUUUUGCAAGUUAUCCAGUGACAGGUACUGGAUAACCUAAUAUUUUGCAUGUUAUCCAAUGACGAUACAUGUUCUGGAUAACCUCAUAUUUUGCAAGUUAUCCAGUAACAAAACGUGUACUAGAUAAUAUGAAAACAUUAAGUUAUUCUGUGUAUUUUUGAAUAUGCUGAUAUGUGCUUCCUUGUAUUCAGUGUCAUAGGAUGUUCACUUAUUUUGCUAGUACUAGAUUGUUAUAAGACUUUUAUUAUAUAAAUAUAUAUUUGGAAUGUUCAUUAAUUAUGGAAAGACAAUUAUAUUUAACUGGAAACAACACCUCCAUACAGUUUGUGUUAUUAGUCAUUUAGAAAGUUUUCCCAUUACUUUUUUUAUUGCAGCUUUACAGUGGUGCUAUGGGAAAAUAUGGAGAUAUUCUCUUAUAUUUUGUAUAAAUUAUUUGGAAUUUUUUCAAAACUUUUUCAAAGUGCCAUUUAUCACAAAGCUUGUGUAGAAAUUUGCAGUUUUAACAAAUUUUGCUAAGUUUGGACUUUAUUUCUAAUACAUUUCAAAUCAUGCUAUCUAUAUCAAGUAUUUAUAUUGUUAAGAUUUUGUUGUCUUGUUAUUUGUCCUAGUCAAUGCUCUCAUUUUCAUCAUAUUUGUUGGAAUGGCAGUAAAAUUGAUAAGAUGACAUUAAUCCCCAAUUAAUUCAUUCAUUCUUUUGGGAAUAAUAGCUCAGAAAUGCACAAAGAUUAAUUAAUUUGUAUUUUCUUUUGUGUUAAACAUUUAAAAUCACGAUGAAGAAGUAAUAAAACCUUCUGGUAAAUUCUGGACUACAAAAUUUGUAUUUUCUUCUUAGCUAAACAUGAAUAUAAUGGCCUACACAUUUAUAACAAUUAUAAAGAAAAAAAAAAUUCUAUUAAAUUCUGGAUUAAUAAAAUACACAAUAAAUUGGACUAGCAAAAUAUUGAAUUCUGAGUUUUUGUUACAACUGUUAUGAUUUUUUAAAAUAAAAAAAUAAAAAAGUAGGGACAUAUGUAAAAUAUGAUUGACUAUAUACAACUUUUUAAAAUGAUUUAUGUUUUUAUGUCAUCUUUUAAUUGUAUAUUUGAUAUAUUGUUUUUGUUCAUUUACCUGUAAGCUCCUAUCAAUCAGGUUUGUCUUAAAGAUUUAUUGUUUUAGAGCUAAAUCUGACUAUUGCAGAUCUUUUGUUUGGCCUUAAAUGUUAUAUAAAUUAGUAUUUAGACAUUUAUUCACAUGCCAAGGCCAUAAUCAACUCUUUAGAUCAUCAGAUGGUUGUGAUUUAAAUGAAUUGAAACAUGUUCACAAUUUAUUGAUUUUGGCUUUGUCUCAAUGAACAAAUACUGUUGCUAUGAUAAUAUACAUCUUAUCAAAGCUUCAAACAGUGAUAAUUUCGCACAGUAUAAAGUAACUGGAAUGAAAUUUUCAAUAUAUUCAUUUUGCAUUAUCUAUUUUUGAACUAUUAUGUAGCAAUAACGGCCAGCGCUUUAUUUAAAUCUUACAUAUUGCAUUAUUAAUCAUUAAAGCUAAUGUUAUAUUAGACCUCAAGGUUAAUACUUACAAUACUUGCCAUUGUUUAUCUUGCUAUAUUGAAAUACCAUACCCAUGUAACUUAAUCAUGUCCAAUUAACUAUAAUUAUAUUGGUUCAUGGAGCAAUCAAAUUAUGAUUAAAUAUUCAAUUUGAUUUUAUAUGUAUGCAUGAAGGUUUUCGGACAAAUUUUGGACAUGACUGCAAUUUAGAGCUACAUUGAGCUAUCAAAUGAUAAUUAAACUUUAAUUUGAUUGUAUAUGCAUGCCAGUUUGCUGACCAAAUUUAGACAUGAUAGCUAUGAAGACUGGCAUGAUUUGGUAAUUAGAAAGUGUGAUGUGUAUUUGUUAAAUAUAUAGAUAUACCAUAGUUACCGGUAUUAAACAUAUUGCUCAGUUUCUAGUGUACCAUGUAAUUAUAUGCUAUAUAGAGAUAUUAAAUAUAUUAUUUGUAUAACAUAUCUAAUCAAGAGAUUUAAUAUAAUAAAAUAUUGCACAGUUUUGUAAAUACUGAA